AUGAGCUACAAUCAACAUCAUCAGAAAUCAAAUUACCAUCGAAAUCAUCAUGCUCAGUUCAAUCAAAACAACUUUGGCUUCCACGGUGAAAUAGGCUCGAUCCACGGUCAAAAUGGCCUCGAUCGAAAUCCAAAUUCACUAAAUCCUGGGGAAACGAAUUACCAAACGAGCCACAAUCCAAAACUAUCCUGGACACAGCAAAAUGGCGGGCACUACCCUCAAAACUCGCAAAACUACCCCGCCAGUCCUGGUCUGUCCGGUCUUUUCUACCCGCCAAAGAAUCAAAAUACAAAUGGCCCCCGUGUUCCCUUCAUGAGUCCCCAAAGCGUCCCUGGACCUGGUCAUUCUGGCAUUCAAAACGGCCUUCCAUAUGGCUCUCCUCCUGGAUGGAAUCCGAUGAUGAAUCCAUAUCACCAAAACAGCCCCAAUCCGCAAAGUUCCCCCAAUCCAUACCAUGCCCCUCAUCACCCCCAAGGGGGCUUCCUUCCCCACCAGCGAUACAACACCCCAAACUCUCCGAAUCCCCACGGAGGAGCGCCACUCCAUCCCCGCCAACCCCGCCAAGUCCGCUCAAGGGCUCCAGCUCAGAAUAGAGCACAGAAAAUCGAAAUUACCAAACCUCCCCCUCCCACAACUUUCGACGCAGACGGGCAAACCUGGCCUGAGCUAAUCCAGCCGCAGAAAAAACUCAUCGCUCCAUAUUCAAAAGGAGGCCAAGAAGAGGCCCAGAUUAUCGCUGAAGUAAAGUCGACAGAAGAAGAAGGAAAGGAGAAAAUGGCGUGGAGCCAUCUUCUUCAAAAACCUGGAAUGGCACUUUUUAACGGCCAAAAUUCUGGAUCAGCAAACCUUCGUGGUGCCAACAAAGCAGAAAGAAAGAACACGAAUAUGGAGCCAAAAGCCUGGUUGUACGCCUGGUUAGGGUUUAGACAAAUUAGGCCGAAUUACAACUGGACGACGAUAGGCGAAAGACCGAAUCAAAGCUUCAAGUGCAUUUUGAGCGCGGAGGGAUUCAAAGAAACGGGAACAGGAAUGGCGCAGAGCAAGAAAGAAGCGCAAAGUAAAGCCGCAUGGAAUUUUAUCGACUGGUUACUCGGAUCGAAGCUGCUGCUACCGAACGAGCUGGAACAUGUUAAAAAUAUGAAGAAAAAAGCUCUAGGAGUACAGGAUCCGAUAAGAACUAAGAAGGUAGAUAAGAAGCCCGACGAAGAAAUUUUGAUAAAAGAAAUGGAAGAAAUGAUGAAGUCAGACGGCGUGGAGAAUUCUAGCGCCCUGCCUCAGCCAGCGUGGGUCCGAGGCGAGCAGAAUCGAAACAACACGGACGAAUUCUGGCGAAGAAAAGAUCAGAUCUCGGGAAACUCAAUGGGCGACCCUGCACCAACUGGUGGAACUGGCAGUACGGACAAUUCAGCAACACCAUCAAUCAAGGAUGGACAGGGACAGGAGGAAGCAGCUGGGACACAGGCCCGCUUGGGCAGUUCCAGCCAGCCUCAAGCUUCUCUCCCCUCGACGUCCGCUACAGCAAGUCCAGGCCCCAAGCACCAGUCAGAAACAUCAAAGGACAAAGACAGCAGUCAACCAACAAAGCUACUACUGGCAACUCCAAUUGGCAACGCAAGAACAACCAGCAUGGACAGAAACAGCAGCAACACAACAACGCCGCCAACAACGCCAACAGCGGCAACAAAAAGCAGCAGCAGUCCACAAACGCAAUCAACAACGCCAAGAAACAGCAGCAGCUACGAGCCGAGCAGCCACCCAAGGGGGAUGCAUCCACGCUCGAAUCCACCACCAGUGAUUCACAGUGUGUACAUCCCCGCAGCAGCUCAGAGCUCGACACCCGGCGCCCAGCCGGGGUCGCCCUUCUUCCCGAUUAGCGCCGAAAUCAGCCCCAACAAACCCCCACUACCACCGCAUUACAUGCAUCCGCCGCCUUCUUUUCUCCCACCGCCGAGUGCGACACCGAUAUAUUCAGUUCCUCCACCACCUUUACCCUUCAUCCCCCAGCCAUCGAUCCAGCCGCCAAUGCCACCUCCACAGGUCAACGAUGAAACCGCCCAGAGCUUGAGAGGCAUGCUUGAAGAUAUCACAGCUGAACUGGAGGUUGAAAAUGUGCUGGGAGCGAAUCUCCCUUGCAGAAAUGGGGUCUUAGAGCAAACGGAUAUCAUCUUAUUGGAACACUGUAAUCGAAUAUCCCUGCCAGCCGAGAAACAAGAUAUUUUGGAGAAAGUAACGAAGAUCGUCGAGAAAAGCAUGAAAAACCUAUCAGACGCGCUGGUCCGGCAGGCUGCCGAAGAUGCGGGCCGACCCGACCUCGUAGAAAUGCUCGACGACGCUCGUAAUAAUAACGGCAUGAAAAUUCUCCAGCGAAAGAAGAGCGAGCCCACUGAGGCAGAAGUAAAACAGAAGAAGGAUCUCAACGAGCUACGACAAGUGAGAAAUUUAUUCAGAGUUGGUGCACUACCUAUGAAAAAUCUUCUUCAUGAUACUAUGGAAUCAGAAAUGGUGCUGUUUUUCAAAUCGCCGCCUUCGCAAACUCUAAAGAAACAAAUUUUAAAGACACUUCCGUCUUGUAUCGAUAAGACAUUCAAUCUCGGCGUAGAAGAAGGUGACGCUAGUGUGUUAGUUUCAGGCGAGAUUCUCAACGAAUCCGUCAAAUGUCGCCUUCAUUUCACGUGCAAAGACAUCACUGCCCCUCUUUCUGAUGAUCCCCUUCCUGUCGAACUAACAUCGUCAAGCUUGCAACAAGUCAGACGCGCAAAUUUCUGGAGAAACGAAGCUCUGGAAGCAUAUUCAAUCAUGGACAGAAUCUGCCGACUCAUGAUUCACCUCCGCUCCCAAGAGGAACAUAUUCUGCAAAAACUAUCAGUUUGGCAGCUUCAGUUGAUUAUUUAUUACUCGGUGAAUAUAACGCCCGCCUCGUUCAACUCCUCCAAACUUGGGAUCGUCGAUGCUUUCCGAAGGAUAUUUGAGUUCAUGAGCACGGGGAUACUCACCCAUCACACGCUGCGAGAUCCAGUUGAUCCUGACGUUGAAAAUAUAUUUAUAACAGUUAAUCAACAAGAUAAAGAAAAUCUCGCAGAGUGGGCUGCAAAAAGUCUGAGACACAUCGCCUUUGACCAGCUGGAUGAGAUCUUUCCGAUCGUUUUUGAUGAUGAAGAAGAAGAAAAAGGGUCGGAAGAUGAGAAAGAAAAGGAAGGACAAGACAAAGAAGAACAUGAAAACUCGCAGGAAGGUGAAGAAGAUGACGCUAAAGAGGAAGCAGUUCAAGACGAAUCACCAGAAAAUCCAACCUCCAGUUUGUCGGAAAUUGAUGAACUUAUGGCAAAGACUUCUAUCAACAGCAACUCAUAG